UUUUGACCUUAACUUGUCAAGUAGAGUUGAAGAAUCCGAAAAUUCAGAACUUGAAAACCGUUCAUAUGAUGAUAGCAUUGCUAGUCAGAACUUGUCAGUGGAUGAAGUGCAAACUCCAGAAGAAUCAGAAGGUUCACAAAGGAGGAGGAGACCAGCAGUGAAUAAUACUCCAGAAAGUCCAAGAGGGAGUGGUAGAAGAGGUGGCAGAGGCCGAGGGAGAGGGAGAAGCGGAAACGCCUCAAAUGCUCGAAGGAACUCUCCUGCUACCACCAAAGAAAAAAACAGAUACCACAUCCAGUACAGAAGUUCAGGGAGAUGAUGUGUCAGAUUGUCAGCUGGAAGUAACAUCACAUAGUCCAAGUCAACAGGAAGAGGAUCCAUUGGAAGGACCUAGCUGGUGGUACACUGAUCUAGAAAAUGCUCGUGGUUCCCGAGGCCGUGGGCAUGGCAGACGCAGAGGGAGAGGUCGUCAGAGGAAUUCUGCAAAACAAUCUCCUUGCAUUAAUUUAGCACUGGAAUCAUCUAGUGAAAGUGAAUGUGAUGACUUGUCAUCUCGUAAACCCAAGGUAUUGGAGAAAAGCCCUGCUGGACCUCAAAGCCCACAGGCUAACAAAAAACCUAAUUGUGCCUCGCUAGAAGUAAAUAAGAGUCCGAGAUUAUCUUUAGACCAUAGUUACCUUGCUUCACCUGCCAGCAUGUUGGCCAGAUUGGAAAACUUAGAAGCUAAAGCAGGACGUCGAUCAAAAGCUCGAUCAAGAGGCAUGUCACUUCGGGGUAGCUCAGAAGAAGGAGGUAGGCCAAGUGAGGUUGGGACUGAAGGUGGGCGAAGGCUCACUCGGCAAAGAACAGAAAUAAAGAGAAAUAGUGUAGAAGCAGAUUCUAUCAAAAAUGAGGAAGACUCUUUCAAUCUAAAGUUAGAGGAAACCUUGCUGGAAGUUGGGGAUAUCAAAAUGGGAAGUCAAGAAAGUGAUUCAGUCCUAAUGCCCCCACCUAGAAUGCCAUUACCUGUAGUUGACAAAGACUUUCUUAUCACUGAUAAUGACUUAACAUGCAUUGGUGAUAUUAGUAUGGAUAUGACUGAACCAUUAUCAAAAAUAAUAGGCCAGGCAGCAGUAGAUAUACACAAAGAAGAUACAAAAAUUGAGAGAAGAUUUUUCAAAACACAAACUCCAGAUUUAACUGGAUCACCAAAAACAGAAGCUACAGAGAAGACCCCAUUUGAUCUUUCUUUAAUGGAUGCCACUGUAGUGAAUAUUCCUCCGUAUUCUUCGCAAAGGUCACUGGAGAAAGAAAAUUUACCUCCUCAUUUUGAUGGUGAAAAUAGUAGAGUAGAAAAAACUGAGUCUGUAAACUUGAGGAGAGUGUCAGUAGUUCUAGAAGAUGUUAUGAAAUGUCCAGAUUUGCCAGAUAAAUACACACCAGAACUGAAGCUUAGUCUAAGUGCACAGACAGUAAAAUCAGGUGGGAACUCCUCAGGGAAAAGUAAAGAUACACUUCCCAAAGCUUCGAAAGCAGAAAGUCCAUUGCUUAAGAAGCCCAAGAAAAGAAAGACGUUAAGAUUUUCUGUUGCACAUGAAGAUGAUGAUGAAGAUGAGGAUGAAAAUUUCUCCCCGAAGAAAGGAAGAAGAAGCCAAAGGGGAAGAAGAAAAAGCAGUUCAGUUGGAAUGACACGAGCAAGAAGGUCUACUCUCAGCAGAAGGACAUCCAGUGUUGACAGUGGUGCUGCUGGGCCUGCAAGAAAGCAGCGUAGAAGAAAAAAAGACUCAGAGGAUGCCAACACACCACAAAACACUCCAGAAACUAGUAUGAUUAGUGAUUUAGAGGAGGACUCUAAUACAGUGCCAUCUAAGACCAGCUCAGAGGAGGAGGGUAUGACAAAGAUAACACUUCCUGUGCAGAAUGAUAUUUCAAAUAAUAAGAAUAUCAACUUGAAUGACUGUUAUGUGAUGGUACACAGAACCCCAGAAAUAAUUGUCCAACAGUCUGCUGUAAGAUCUGAAGACUCUCUUGUGUUAGAACUAGACUGUACAGCUGAUUUAAACUCCCCGGCUGUGAUGUCACCUGCAAAGUCCCCAACGCUGACGCCUCCUGUGAAGAUAGGGAAGAUGGAUAAUUUGAGCAAACAAAUGGAGCUGGUCAUGAAAAAAGCACAGCAAAUGAAAAUGGAUCAAGAUACUGCAGGCUUGGAAGAGAUUUUGGAUCCUUGUGAGGGGCCUAAAGAAACCAUGUCUGAGGCAAGUGGAGGAACUGAGAAUGAUGAACAGAAAAGUCCAGUUGGAAGUCCUAGAGAUGUAAAACAGGAUGAUGUGGAGAAAAAACACACAUUAAACUGUGAAGAUCCAGAUGAAAAAGAAUUAGUUGACCUCAAGCAGGAUGUAGAGGAGCCAAGGAGGAAGAGAGGAGCUGCUAUGAAAAUUACGUCUUUCAAGGAACUUAGCCUGAAUUCGAAAAUGCGAAGGCUGACAUCAAACACUGUUGUUAUUAAUGAUGCCAAACCCAAAGCCAAAGGAAGACAGAGUAGCAGGUCUUCCACAUCUUAGAGAUGCGAACAAUCUUAAGGUUGUGUAUUUUUAUUAUACCUUAUUCUGAGAAGUCAAUAUACUACAAGAAAUAACAAGAAAAAGGUUAGAAAUUAAAACUGUCAGGAAAGUGAAUAUGUAGAUUUCAUGCUCUAGAUAUUUUACAUAUGAUGAAUAGACUAAAAAUAAAUACAUAUUUAGGAAUAUAUAUUUCAGAUAGUAUCAUGAAGCAUAUUUUUCAAAUAGUUCUACUAAUGAUGUGAUCAACAUAUAAUCACUGUUAUGUGUAUAAACCUUAAAUACUAGCUGUUCAUGCCCUGCAAUUAAUGGGCAACUAACUCAUAAAUAGAUUAUUUUGUAAAUAAAAGUAUUUAUGAACUUGGGUGUGCCCAAUUUGGCUACUAGAUUACUUUACUACUGCACUUUACUAAUAGAAAACACUUCCUUGAUUUUCAUAAUUUUCAUCUGAUUGAGGCACAGCAUAAUGUACUGUCUUGUACUUGGAAUUGUGAGUUUAGCAAUGUUGUGGAUGCAUUUGAUAAUUUUUUAAAUAUUUACUCCAAACAUGUUGAUAUCAUAACUAGGUCUUCCCAGAACUUUUUUUGUUUUAUUUUAAAUACGAUGAAGUGCUAAUUUUCCUGUUUGGAAGGGGUUGCUCAUUUCUUAUGGAGAGGAAUUGGUGAGCAUCUGUUGAAUUAAUUGUUUAAGGCAACAGAUUCAUUCUUGCUAUUUUAUCUUAUAACUUUCUUUAAUACCAUGAUUAAAAGGUUCCUUUUUAUAAGAAAGGAUAAGGCUGAUUUUUCUG